CUCUAUUUAUGCAUACUACAUCACAAUACUGCAAUUCUAAUACUCUCCCUUGGCUAUUCCAAGAAUGGUGCCAAAGAGUCUGGUUCUAGCCACACUCCUAGCAGGAGUAAUUCUUGCCACAACCUUGCCCAAAUAUGUGAUGGGUCAAGACUGUGGCUGUGCUGCAGACUUGUGCUGCAGCCGGUACGGUUAUUGUGGCACUGGGGAUGCCUACUGUGGCGUCGGCUGCCAACAAGGCUCUUGCUAUGCAGCUCCACCAACUAAUGAUGUCGUUGUGGCAGACAUCGUCACGUCGGAAUUCUUCGCUGGCAUAAUGGAUCAAGCUGACGCUGGUUGUGAGGGGAAAAGCUUCUACUCUAGAGCUGUGUUUCUUGAUGCACUCGACUCUUAUCCUCAGUUUGGUAGAGUCGGUUCUGUUGAUGAUUCCAAGCGCGAAAUCGCUGCUCUGUUCGCUCAUUUCACUCACGAGACUGGACAUUUUUGCUACAUUGAGGAGAUAAAUGGUACAUCUAGGGACUAUUGCGAUGAGACCAACACACAAUAUCCAUGUAACCCUAACAAGGGUUACUACGGCCGUGGACCCAUCCAACUAUCUUGGAACUUCAACUACGGACCGGCAGGAGAAGCUAUUGGAUUCGACGGAUUAAAUGCGCCGGAGACGGUGGCUAAUGAUCCCCUGGUGGCCUUCAGGACAGGCUUGUGGUAUUGGAUGAACUUUGUUCGUCCGGUGAUAAACCAAGGGUUCGGGGCAACCAUCCGAGCCAUUAAUGGUGCGCUUGAAUGUGAUGGUGGAAACCCUGCAACCGUCCAACGCAGAGUUGGGUACUACACUGAUUACUGUAAUCAAUUUGGUGUUGCUCCUGGGGAUAAUCUCACUUGUUAAUUAGGACACAAACCUUGGACCCAGCUUUUUCUUCUUUAUUUACUUGUUUGACUAGAAAAAAUAAACAGACAAGAACAUCUUGUUAAUUUCCUUCGAUGAUGAUAUUAAUAUAUGUAUAUGUUCCUCUAUAUAUCUAUGUUGAACUUGUCCUUUC